CUGGAUAUUCUCUUGUUAGUAUAGUCAUGGACAAGACACAGUCCAUUGUGAUCGUGGGAGCUGGCGUCUUUGGCCUCUCCACAGCCCUGUACCUGGCCGAAGAUGGCUUCUCCUCCAUCACGGUGAUGGAUCGGUCCAUGCCGCCCGUCCCCGAUGGAUCGAGCAAUGACAUCUCGCGCGUUAUUCGCUUCGACUAUGGCGAUCCCGUCUAUGCGAAGAUGGGCCGUGAUGCCUACGAGCUUUGGAAUACCAGUCCUGACUAUGCGGACUCCUUCCAUCGCACCCCCUGUGUCUGGACGGCGCAGCAGUCAGGGCCUGCCGACCUCGUCUCGGCGGGCGGAUCAGACUUCAUUCGCAAGACCAAGAAGAUCCUCACGGAUAUGGGUUGCGAAUGGCACAACCUUGACAAUGUGACCGCCUUGAAAGAUCGUUUCCCCACGGUGUCGGGCACUCCCAUCGGAGCAGGCUUCGAGGGAUUCUACAACAACGCCGCGGGCUGGGCCGAUGCGGGCCUCGCCAUUACCGGCCUGCGCGAUCGCUGCAUCCGCGCGGGCGUCUCCUUUGUCACCGGUCGCCAUGGACAUGUAACGAGCUUGGAGAAAGGGUCGGAUGGCGGAGUGACCGCCGUGCGAACCAUCGAUGGCGGGCGCAUCACCGCCGAUCAGUUCAUUCUGGCGACGGGAGCAUGGACGGCCAGUCUGGUGCCCUCAUGGAACACCAUGGUGGCCACCGCGCAGAUCGUCGGGUUCGUGCGGCUUACCCCGGAGGAGGUGAAGCGUCUGAAGGAUCUCCCCAUCAUCUUCAAUCUGUCUACGGGAUUCUUCAGCUUCCCCCCUCAUGAGCAGACCGGAUACUUGAAGGUGGCUUGUCACAGUUUCGGCUACACCUUGUCCUCGUCCAACGUUUCCUCACCACCCAGCGAGGCCAUCUCACAGCGUGCUAACUUCAUUCCGGAGGAAGGCCGUCAACGACUGCUGGCUGGACUGGGUGAGAUUCUACCCGAGUUGGUGUCGCGAGGUUUUGAGAAGACGUGUCUCUGCUGGUACAACGAGACCCCGACGGGCGAUUUCAUCUUUGACCGCCAUCCCGAACACCAAAACGUGUUUGUUGCGACCGGCGGUACUGGACAUGCAUACAAAUUCCUUCCGGUGAUCGGCGAAUACAUUGCCAAGGCCUUCCUGGGCCAACUGCCCGCCGACCUGGCGGAACGGUGGAAGUUCCACACCGACUACCGCUCGCGGGCGCAAGAUGACCUGUUCACGGGCGCCAGUGCUCGCGGUGGCGGUGAUGGCAGUCGGGGUGGUCCUGGACGUCGGGAGUUUACGGCGCAGGAGCGAGACAGUCUCUUGACCUUGACGAAUGCGCUGGUCCGGAGACCUGCCAAGAUAUAGAUGAGGAUGGUCAGUGGUUAUUUACAUAGAGCUCGUUGUGGACACUUUAGGUUCUUGUUAUUAGCGUGGUUGAAGUACUUGAUCUAUUGUAUCGAUUGGGUAGGGGUUUGGCCACCAGUUUCGUUGGCGGGCCUUGGUUCUAUACUAUAAAUAUAUCCUUCUUCCGUGUUCAAACCAGAAAUGUAUAUACUCCUCUACCACGUCCUCUGCACUAU